GGUGUGGAAAAAUAAAAGGAAAAGUCCUUGCACCAUGUAGAUCAGCGUCCCCCACACUGGCACCCCGGCCGGCCGGGGACCUCCCAGUCUGCGGCGAUGAACGCUAGCAGCGAGGGCGAGAGCUUCGCGGGCUCCGUGCAAAUUCCAGGCGGCACAACGGUGCUGGUGGAGCUGACUCCAGACAUCCAUAUCUGUGGCAUCUGCAAGCAGCAGUUUAACAACCUGGAUGCCUUUGUCGCUCACAAGCAAAGUGGCUGCCAGCUAACAGGCACAUCCGCGACAGCCCCCAGCACAGUCCAGUUUGUAUCGGAGGAAACGGUGCCUGCCACCCAGACGCAGACCACCACCAGAACCAUCACCUCAGAAACCCAGACAAUCACAGUUUCAGCUCCAGAAUUUGUUUUUGAACAUGGCUAUCAAACUUAUCUGCCCACGGAAAGUAAUGAAAACCAGACAGCCACUGUCAUUUCUCUCCCUGCCAAGUCACGCACCAAAAAGCCCACGACGCCACCUGCUCAGAAAAGGCUUAACUGCUGCUAUCCAGGUUGCCAAUUCAAGACUGCUUAUGGCAUGAAGGACAUGGAGCGGCAUUUAAAAAUUCACACGGGAGACAAACCCCAUAAGUGUGAAGUCUGUGGCAAGUGCUUUAGCCGGAAGGACAAGCUGAAAACUCACAUGCGGUGCCACACGGGCGUGAAGCCAUACAAGUGUAAGACAUGUGACUACGCCGCUGCCGACAGCAGCAGCCUCAACAAACACCUGAGGAUCCACUCAGACGAGCGGCCCUUCAAAUGCCAGAUCUGCCCCUACGCCAGCCGCAACUCCAGCCAGCUCACCGUGCACCUGCGGUCCCACACGGCUUCGGAACUUGAUAAUGAUGUUCCAAAAGCGACCUGCCUCUCCACUGAAGGCAGUGACCCUCAGAAGGCCCCUGUCAUCGCUCUUGCCUCAGAGUCAAGGGAACAAACGGCCACCCUUGGAGAGAGGACAUUCAACUGUUGCUACCCAGGUUGCCACUUCAAAACUGUCCACGGCAUGAAAGACUUGGACCGCCAUCUUAGAAUCCACACGGGAGACAAACCGCACAAGUGUGAGUUCUGUGACAAGUGCUUCAGCCGGAAGGACAACCUGACCAUGCACAUGCGGUGUCACACCAGUGUGAAGCCACACAAGUGUCACCUGUGCGACUAUGCCGCAGUGGACAGCAGCAGCCUCAAGAAGCACCUGCGGAUCCACUCGGACGAGCGGCCAUACAAAUGCCAGCUCUGCCCCUAUGCCAGCCGCAACUCCAGCCAGCUCACUGUCCACCUGCGGUCCCACACGGGGGAUACCCCCUUCCAGUGCUGGCUCUGUAGCGCCAAGUUCAAAAUCAGCUCAGACUUGAAAAGGCACAUGAUCGUGCACUCGGGGGAGAAGCCUUUCAAGUGCGAGUUCUGUGACGUCCGCUGCACCAUGAAGGCGAACCUCAAAUCGCACAUCCGCAUCAAGCACACCUUCAAGUGUCUGCACUGUGCCUUCCAGGGCCGGGACCGGGCUGACCUCCUGGAGCACAGCCGGCUGCACCAGGCCGACCACCCAGAGAAGUGUCCUGAGUGCAGCUACUCCUGCUCCAGUGCGGCCGCCCUGCGCGUGCACAGCAGAGUCCAUUGUAAGGACCGUCCCUUCAAGUGUGACUUCUGCAGCUUCGACACAAAGCGGCCCAGCAGCCUGGCCAAGCACAUCGACAAGGUGCACAGGGACGAGACCAAAACAGAGAACUGGGCCCCACCGGGCAAGGAAGUGCCCAGAGAGAGCAGCUCCCAACACAUGGCCAAGAUCGUGACGCAGAGGGCUUUUCGCUGUGAGACCUGUGGCGCCUCCUUCGUCAGGGAUGACUCUCUGAGAUGCCACAAGAAGCAGCAUAGUGAUCAGAGUGAGAACAGGAACUCAGACUUGGUCACCUUCCCACCGGAAAGCAGUGCCUCGGGGCAGCUCAGCACCCUGGUCUCUGUGGGGCAGCUCGAGGUCCCCCUGGAGUCCAGCCAAGACCUCUAGCUCAGCCGAAGAGGAUCAUCAGCUAUCAGGACUUCUGACCAGUGCUGUUGCCCAGCUCUCUAAAAGCGAGGCCAGUGACACAGGCUCUGGGCACCACUUCCAGGGCUGGUUGCUCCCACAUCACAGGCCUCCAGAGGCGACGGCUGGGGCAACAGGGAUGAAAGCAAAGCAGUGCUUUGGAAACACUUGUCGCCUUUGUCUCUUCCUCCAAGGAUUAUUGAGCAAGUCGACUUGGUCAUUCAAACGUGGGGGUCUGCUGAGCCCUCCUUAUCCAAUGGGGAUAGCUUCUACGUCAUGGAUUCCAAUUUUAAAACUGAUCCAUCUCUGGUAGAAUUAUUAAACUAGUUAGACGAUAUAGAAAAACUGAAGCUAAUCUCUAAAGUAGGAAGGGUUUAGGUGAGGAAGGUAUAUAUGAAGGGUCCGGGGUUGCUGGAAAACCUCUGUUUCGUAACCUGGGUGAUCAUUCUAAGAGUGUUUGCCUUACAUGUUUGUGUGGUUUCUUUUACCUGUUGUCUUACAAUAAAAAAGGCAGACUCAUGCUAGCAUGAUAUAAGGAACACUCAGUUCUGCAUUCCUCCGUGGACAGUUACGGUGCAAGGGUCUCCAUCCCCAACCCCCACCCCACUCAGUAGCUUGAUUAUAAACGCACGUUGGAUUUCUCAGUGAGUUCCCACUGUAGUAAAAUGAAAUGAAGUUUGACCUGGAGGUGGCGCCAAAUAUCAAGCUAACUAGCGCAGCCUGUGCGUAUUAUCUGCUGUGGAAUUCAAAACUGUUUACUUCUAUUUGGAGAGAAAAGUCUAGAGCCCCAGUGGGCCCUGGACUUGGGGACAGGAUAUGUGAUGUGUGGGGCAGCCUCACACCAGCAUCUGUUUCAUCACAGAAAGCGUGUAGUGUUUGCUGAACUGACAACAGAAAAUCCAGCCUUUUCUCAUAGAUGGACCCUUAGGAGGUUAUGAAAUCUCAGUGGAGAUAUAUAACUUUCCCACAGCUGCUUGGUUUCUACUUCUGGCAUCUUCCCUUCAAAUACUGUAUUUUUUAAUAUAAAUUCUUGUGUGCCCUCAUCAAGCUGAAUAUCUCUGGAAGUGAAAUAGAUUAAGUAGAUCCACUGUUCUUGAUAAAUUAGGAAAAAAAGAUGUCAACUUUUAUAGGUUAUAUAGAAGAGACUAUUUCACUUGGGAAAUAGAGAAACCUAGUUUAUUUUGUUAAUGGUGGUAAUUUGGGCAAAUCUGACCCCGUUAAGUUUUACAUCAGGUGGGUGAUGGUAUACUGCUGAAUCUCCAUUGUAAGAAGAAAAGAUUAAAAUGAUGGCAGAGACCCAGGGUAGAAUUAGUCUCUUUGGAGAUGAUGGUUUUGAUCAGAAAAGUGUUUGGUUACUGAGUGCUGGUGCUAUUGUUACCUUUCUGCUGUUUGUCAUGAGUCUGAGCUGCGUUUCUGUUCUAGAAGGUUGUUGACCCUUCAAGGGGGAGCCCAUAGAUUGAAAUCACAGAAACGUUCCUCGUACUUCUUGUUUUAUAGCUCUUCAGAUAAAAAGGAAAGACAUCAGCCUGUUUAGAAGGCUUUUGUUGUUGUUAACAGCUGUGGGCUUUAAGGGUUUUAGAUCCAAGCUGGUAUCGCCUACCAAACUCGGACUGCCAAUAGAGCAGAGGUGAGUAAAAAGCUGUGAACCCGAUAUUAAAUACUUCAGGCAGUGGGGUGGGGGGGCAUAAGUCUUUUUGCAACAACUCAGCUUUGCACUUUUGGCACAAAAGCAACCAUAGAUUGCAAGGAAAAACAAUUGUCUGUGUUCCAAUAAAACUUUACAAAAACAGGUGGCAGGCUAGAUUUGGCCCUGUGAUCUUGGAAUACAGCAAACCCUCCUGCAGAGGAUUUUGCUCUGAACUGGCAAGUGUGACUUGUAAAACACAUUAAAAGAUACCAAAAUUUUUGGCAGAGAGACAAAUGGGCUUUGCACAAAGCUGAGAAUGUAGUUCAAGAGAAUAAGGCUGAAUGAGUAUUAAAAAAUUUCAGAAUGUAAAGGAAUUUUUGAGACUGGUAAAAAUUCCAAGAUUCAGAAAAGUAGGCUAAGAAGGGAGCAUAGGACCAGCAAACUUCUAGGGUAGGGAUAGUCUUACCUUUCCAUUUCUAGGAAAUUAGAAGGUGACGGUGGGUGGGGUUAAAUCAUUCAGAAGUGGGGGCUGACCUGUCUAAACCUGCUAGAAUGAGACUGAAAAUGUACAGGUAAUCACCGAAUAAAAGUGAGGAACAGCCUUAAUAGAAAGGGAUAACUGGCAGAACACAGUGGCUCAUGCCUGUAAUCCCAGCACUAUGGGAGGCUGAAGCGGGUGGAUUACGAGGUCAGAAGAUUGAGACCAUCCUGGCCAACAUGGUGAAACCCUGUCUCUACUAAAAAUACAAAAAUGAGCUGGGCGUGGUGGCACGUGCCUGCAGUCCCAGCUACUCGUGAGGCUGAGGUAGUAGAAUCGCUUGAACCAGGGAGUCAGAGAUUGCAAUCAGCCGAGAUCACGCCACGGCACUCCAGCUUGCAACAGAGCAAGACUCUCAGAAAGACAGCUGACAUGGCACAGAGCACAAUGGCAAUUCUUACACCUAUCUUGAUUGGCAGAGCACUCUGGAUCUGGAAGGAAACUUAGUAUGUUUGCAGUUUGAUUUCACCUGAGCCCCGGGAGUCCACAAACUUUUUUAUUAAAGGGCAAGAGAGUAAAUGUUUUCAGCUUUGCUGGUCCCACUCGUCAUCAGCUCCGUUGCCCCUGCUGUUGUAGCACAGCGGCUCCAACUCGCCCACUGAAAUGCAGCUGCAGAGAAUAGGGAAGGAAAUGGGUUUAGCUGUGGGCCAAUAAAACUUUACUUAUAAAAGGACAUGAUUUGGAAGGCCAGUUUGCCAACCUUACCCUACGUAAAAGCAACAAAUGGCGUGAUUGGAUAAAAGGCAAAGGAGAAAUGUUAACACAAAAUUGUGGCAGCAUCAGUAAUGAGUGUCUGUGGUCCCGGCUACUUGGGAAACUGAGCCAGGAAGAACUCUUUGAGCCCAGGAGUUCAAGUCCAGCCUGGGUAACAGUGUGACUCUGUCUUUAAAACAAUUCCGUGGGGCCACUUUAAGGAAGGUGUGGCUUCAUGCCACAGAUGAAUCUCCAGUUAGGUAUUGGGGAAAACUGGAUCCUUUUGAACUUUACUCAGAUCAGCUUGUAAAACCCCCACUGAAGAGUCUAGAAAUCAAGGUGGUCUCCUGCCCCUCUGCUUAAGGUUUCUUGCUGCCUUCUAGAUGCUACAGAACAUGAAUAUCUUACAUGUCCCUGUAUUUAACCUCUUCCAAGAAAGCGGAUGAGCCUGAAUUCAAGUUGCCUUCAUGACUCAGCCGAGCACUGCACUAAGACUUUACCUGUCCGCAGGUGCUUCUUUCUCCCAGGCGCUGCCCAGAGCUGAGGUAGGGUGAGGCACUCGCCUGGGAUAGGAGACUUAAGGGAGUGCUGGGAACUCAGUCUUCAAAAAAUACUUUAAUGCACAUUGGCAAACGGUGACCUCACAGGUCAUCUGCUUUGUUUUCGUAGUUUUGUGGAAAGUUGGCCUGGGUUAGGGCAAGUCAGGGCUGUGUAAGCAGGGUUGGAGCCCAUAUUUACAGUUCUGACAUUCUGCUCAUUGUAGGUUUCUUUUGCAUUUAUUGGUUUUUAAAAAGUUAUGGUAUUUACCUUGAUCCAUUGAGAUUUGGGAUAUCACUUUCAGUGUGUGCCUGAGGCCAUGGCCUCUCCCACCACACCUCACCCCUGCCCCUUGUUUAAAUGCAGAAACUGAAGGAUAAGGGGAAGAAACUUCCUAAAACAGAACAGUAUGAGCCAGUAAUAAUUCUGAGUAAGAUGGUAACAUCCUAAAGAAGCUGCCUCUUUUUUUUUGAGAUGGAGUUUCACUCUUGUUACCCAGGCUGGAGUGCAGUGGCAUACUCUUGGCUCACUGCAACCUCUGCCUCCUGGGUUCAAGCAAUUCUCCUGCCUCAACCUACCAAGUAGCUAGAAUUGCAUGCACCUGCCACCACGCCCAGCUAAUUUUUUUAUUUUUAGUGGAUUCAGGAUUUGACUAUGUUGGCCAGGCUGGUCUCAAACUACUGACCUCAUGAUCUGCCCGCCUCAGCCUCCCAAACUACUUGGGAUUACAGGCAUGAGCCGCUGCACCCAGCCAGAAGCUGCCUCUUUUAAAUAUUUAACUGACAAAUAAAGCCAGCAUAUAUUCAGUGUCUAUAAAAUGCGUUGAUUGGAAAUACCUAAGCAUCGUGUAAUGACUAGAUCAACAGAGCCGCCGCUGCCACCCAUGCUGUGCCUUACAACCCAACACGUGUUUAUGUCAUAACAAAGAUUGCACCCUUUGAUCAGCAUCUCCCCGUUUCUUCAGCUCCUGGCAACCAUCCUUCUGCUCUGAGAAGCCACCUGUUAGUUUUAAGCUAACAGGGCUGAAGAUGGGAAACCCCCUGCCUUGUUCAGCUAGAGGGAUGUCCUAUGAGUCUUUGCUCUUCUGUAAAAUGGGCCGUGCCAGGCAUUUGGCCUAAUGCUGCAAUCUACUGACUUAAUGGAAGUUGGCUUCUCUCUGUCUCUCCCACCCCCUGACCCCUGCUUGCUUUUUCCCUUUUGUAGGGGGAAGAGGGAUAACCAUGACCUAAAUACUGUGGCCUUACCAUCAGCAGGGAUCAUUAUUUCUAUCUUCCCGUUUCCCCCACCCACCCACCCCACAUCUUCAACACGCAGUCCUAGGUGACACCUUAAGCUCCAACCCAGGAGAGAAGGUCGAGUCCUGAACACUGCUGGAAAGUCGCACGUAAGCUGCAGCUCACCUCCCCACCUAGUCACACACCAUAGCUCUGAAAAGGACACUGGGAAGCAGGUUCCUCUGGAUUGGUCUGUGCCAGUUAAAACCUGGAAGGGGAGAUGCUGGACCCGUGAGCCUCCUCUGCUCUCUGCACAGUAAGCCAGGCUCAUGGAGGUUGCCUCUUGCUUUUUCUGAGAGGCACAUGAUAUGGGUCCUAAAGACCCUGAGGUGUUCACAAGUGUGUGUCUUAUCAGGGCUUCAUGGGGACGGUCUUGCCUGCUCCUUGUGGUUGAUGGACCAUGACAGGCUUCCAAGGCAUUCUAAGGCUCUACUGCAGUGCCUGCCUGCAGCAGUUCCCGGGAGCCUCUUUGGUAUUUGAAAUCUGUCUCUUGGGGGAGAUACAAGGGCACCUCUACUUGUUUUUUUUUUUUUUGAGAUGAAGUUUCACUCUUGUCGCCCAGGCUGGAAUGCAAUGGCAGGAUCUCAGCUCACCUGAGUUCAGGCUUAAACCGCCUCCCAAGUUCAAGUGAUUUUCCUGCCUCAGCCUCCCAAGUAGCUGGGAUUACAGGCAUGUACCAUCAUGCCUGGCUAAUUUUGUAUUUUUAGUAGAGACAGGGUUUCUCCAUGUUGACCAGGCUGGUCUCGAACUCGCAACCUCAGGAACUCCUGACCUCAAGUGAUCCACCUGCUUCAGCUUCCCAAAGUACUGGAAUUGCAGGUGUCAGCCACCAUGCUGGGCCUUCCACUAGCUUCCUUAAUCUUUUUUUUGUUUUUUGGGGGUUUUUUUUUGAGACAGAGUUUAGCUCUUGCUGCCCAGGCUGGAGUGCAAUGGCGCAAUCUCGGCUCACCGCAACCUCCACCUCCCAGGUUCAAGUGAUUCUCCUGCCUCAGCCUCCCAAGUAGCUGGGAUUACAGGCACGUACCACCACACCUGGCUUAUUUUGUAUCUUUAGUAGAAACGGGGUCUCUCCAUGUUGGUUAGGCUGGUCUCAAACUCAUGACCUCAGGUGAUCCACCCACCUUUGCCUCCCAAAGUGCUGGGACUACAGGCAUGAGCCACUGUGCCUGGCCAGCUUCCUUAAUCUCUCACCACUGGCAGAGGUAGGCAGCUCAGGGACAGCUAACUGUUGAGGCAUUUAGAACAAGGUCUUUUUUGCAAGAUGGGGAAGAUCUAUGGUAGGAAGGGAAAGCAUUUCAAAUGUAUCAUUAGGUUGGAAAAAUGUGGCUGGGCUGCCUGUGUGCUGGCGCAAGUAUUGUAGGAAUGACCGACGUUGCAUUCCCUGACGUAGGCAGGUUACAAAAUUGUAAAUUUUGCUUAAAUGCUGAACUUUGGUAAUCAAACAUGGAUUUACCUGAGUUUAAGUGGCCACCUGAGUUCGAGAAGCCACUCUCAGGAGAUGCUCAGGAUCGCAUCUUGCUGACUUCCCUGAGUGCUGCUUCAGACGCUUCUUUUUUGUGGAGAUGGGAGUCUUGCUUUGUUGACCAGGCUGGUCUCAACUCCUGGCCUCAAGCUAUCCUUCUGCCUUGGCCUCCCAAAGUGCUGACUGCAGGUGUGAGCCACUGCACCUAGCCCACUUCUAUUUUAGCAGAGCUGAAAGGGAAGUCAUGAGAAACAGAGAAGCCUGUCUGAGGUCAAGCAGCUUGUCAGGAUUGGAACCCAUGUGUCGUCUCCAACAUGGAGCCUCUUUCAGUACGCCAUGCCCCCUGCUUAGGAGGCCUGCUUUGAGACACAGUCAUUGAGUCAUGGACCCCUUUGGCAGUUCGAUGAAAUUCAUGAAUCUGCUCAGUGAUGUUUAAAAGAAUAAAAUGCCUUUGGGAGGCCGAGGCAGGUGGAUCACCUCGUGGGUCAAGAGAUCGAGACCAUCCUGGUCAACAUGGUGAAACCCUUUCUUUACUAAAAAUACAAAAAAUUAGCUGGGCAUGGUGGUGCGUGUCUGUAAUCCCAGCUACUCAGGAGGCUGAGGCAGGAGAAUUGCCUGAACCCAGGAGGCAGAGGUUGCGGUGAGCCGAGAUCGCGCCAUUGCACUCCAGCCUGGGUAACGAGCGAAACUCCGUCUCAAAAAAAAAAAGCAUAAGUUUGCAAAAGGAAACAACCAUUAAAAUAAUUACCAAAAUAUUUUUUAAUUAUUAGGUAUGUUUUUAUUAACAUUAAAUGCAAGCUAUUGCAGCAGAUCUAGUAACUAUUUUUAUUUUGAAGUAGCAAUCUACAAUGGCCAUGAUGUUUAAUGAAAAUACCCAGUUUCUUUUGUUGACUAAAGCACAGGUCUGGCUAAUGUGGUUUGGUGCCUACAUCCAAAAUUGGCAGAAAUACUGGAUUUCAUUCAGAGCCUAGUGAAACUGAAGAUUCAUUUUCUGGCCAGGUGCAGUGGCUCAUGCCUGUAGUCUAAGUACUUUGGGAGGCCAAGGUGGGCAGAUCACUGGAGGCCAGGAGUUUGAGACCAGCCUGGACAACUUCAUGAGACCCUGUCGCUACACAAAGUUUUUUAAAAUAAAGGAUUUUAUUGCACAUCCAAGUUCCUAGACUUGCAAAAUUCUAUACAGCAUCGCCCUGAGCUCACAUGAGGUCUCUGAUGUUAAGGUUGGGCACUGUGGCUCAUACCUAUAAUCCCAGUACUAUAGGAGGUCACAGCUGGCAGAUCAUUUGAGACCAGGAGUUCGAGACCAGCCUGGCCAACAUGGUGAAACCCUGUUUCUCCUAAAAAUGCAAAAAUUAGCCAGGCAUAGUGUCAUGUGCCUAUAAUCCCAGCUACUCAGGAGGCUGAUGCACAAGAAUCGCUUGAACCAAGGAGGCAGAGGUUGCAGUGAGCUGAAAUCACACCACUGCACUCCAGCCUGGGUGACGAGCAACUCUGUCUUCAAAAAAAAAAGUCUCUGAUGUUAAAGGAUUUUCUAGGAUCCAGUUUUCUUGGUAAAAUUUUGACUUGCAGUUGCUUCCAUCUUAACCAGAACAAGUAGAACCAGCAUUUGAAUACUUAAUACUCCCACAUCAAGAAAACCCUUUGGGCCAGGCACAGUGGCUUACGCGUGUAAUCCCAGCACUUUGGGAAGCCAAGGCCGGAGGAUCCCUUGAGCUCAGGAGUUUGAGACCAGCCUGGGUAACAUAGUGAGACCUCGUCUCUAUAAAAAAUAAAAGUCUAUAAAAACCAUUGCAUUUGGGAAGGAUUCUCCAAACAGGGCUCUUUGUAAUACCUCUCUAUUAGUCUUUUUCCCAUAAACUGCUCUUAAGAUGGGUCAAUCUUCAUGUGUUAGUUUGAGUGACUUAGACAUACAGAAAACAGAUGUACAUUUGUCAUUCCCUAAAUUCUAAAGGCAUUGCACUUGUGCUCUUUCUCACUCUGUGUGAUACGUAUUUCUUGAAAGGUCACAAAAGACUGAUUUCCCGCUAAUGCUUAGCCAACAUAAGGAGACCCCAUCCCUACAAAAAACUUUAAAAAUUAGGUAUGGUGGUGUGCAUCUGUAGUUCCAGCUACAGGAAGCUGAAGCAGGAGGAUCACUGGAGCCCAGGAGAUUGAGGCUUCUAUGAUGUAUGAUUGCACCACUGCACUACAGCCUGGGCAACAGAAAUUGUCAUGAAUGAAUGAAUGAAUGAAUGGACAACUCUGGAUUUUGAGAAAAAACAAAUAUCAGCUGUACUUCACUUAUCCAUUUGCCCCGGUUGCCAGAAAACAGUUUUUAUAUCAAUGUUUAAAAAAAUCAAUGGUGCAAAUGUCAUUUAGAAUUUUUAAUCUUUGAAAGAAUUUUUAUUCCAGAAUUUUCAUUCCUUCAUGAAUCUUAGCCCAGUCUCUAGCCCAGCUAGAGGCACAGCAGGUCAGGCAACAGAGAAAAAUCCUGUUUCCAUGUUUCCAAAAAAAAUCUAAAAACCAUUCUUAGCUCAUGGUGGUAGAUUACCUAAAACAGGUGGAUUACCACUGGGGAAACUGGGCGAAGCGUACAAGCGAUUGGUCUGUGUUACUUCUUACAACUGCACGUGAAUCUACAAUUAUCUCAAUAACAAUUUCAAUUUAACUAACAGGUUGUUGGCUAGAGUCGACCCAUAGGCCCUAAUUUCCUAACCCCUGCUCUAGCCGGUCAGACAGCUUAUGAAAUAUGGUAUUAAAUUUUAAACUUUCUUUUUAAAAAAUUUUUUUAUUAAUAUGUGUAGUUAUCUGUAGGGUACAUGUGAUAUUCUGUUACAUGCAUAGAAUGUGCCAUGACCUAGUCAGUGUAUUCUGGGGGGUGUCUAUCACCUUGAGUAUCAGUUCUUUUUUUUUUUUUUUUUUUUUUUUUUUUUUUUUUAAGCAGUCUUACUCUGUUUCCCAGGCUGGAGUUCAGUGGCACAGUCUCAGCUUACUGCAUCCUCUGCCUCCCAGGUUCCAGCAAGUCUCCUGUCUCAGCCUCCUGAGUAGCUCGGAUUACAGGUGCAUGCCACCCCACCCAGCUAAUUUUGUAUUUUUAGUACAGAUGGGGUUCUACCAUCUUGGCCAGGCUGAUCUUGAACUCCUGACCUCGAAGUGAUCUACCCACUUUGGCUUCCCAAAGUGCUGGGAUUACAGAUGUGAGUCACUGCAUCUGGCCAAGUAUUUAUCAUUUCUAUGUGUUGGGGACAUUUUAAGUCCUCUCUUUUAGCUGCUUUGAAAUAUAUGAUACAGGCUGGACACAGUGGCUCUUGCCUGUAAUCCCAACACUUUGGGAGGCAGAGGCAGGUGGAUCAUGAAGUCAGGAGUUUGAGACCAGCCUGGGCAACAUGGUGAAACCCCCGUCUCUACUAAAAAUACAAAAAUUAGCUGGGCAUGAUGGCAUACACCUGUAAUCUCAGCUACUUGGGAGGCUGAGGCAGGAGAAUCACUUGAACUCAGGAGGCAGAGGUUGCAAUAAGCCUAGAUCAUGUCACUGCACUCCAGCCUGGGCAACAAGAGUGAAACUCCAUCUCAAAAAAAAAAAAAAAAAAAGGCCAUGAAAUAUAUAAUACAUUGUAGUUAACUAUAGUCACCCUAGUCUGCGAUUGAACAUUGAAACUUAUUCCUUCUGUCUAACUGUACGUUUGUAUCCAUUGACCAACCUCUGUUCACCACCACCCCAAUACCCACACACCCUUCCCAGCCUCUGGUAUCUAUGAAUUUACUGUCUGAGAGAUCAACUUUUUUAGCUCCCACAUAUGAGUGAGAACAUGCAUAUUUGUCUUUCUGUGCCUGGCUUAUUUCACUUUAUAUAAUGACCUCCAGUUCCACCCAUGUUGCUGCAAAUGACAGGAUUUUAUUCUUUUUUAUAGCCAAAUAGGAUUCCAUUCUAUAUAUGUACUACAUUUUCUUUACCCGUUGGUCUGUUGGGGGACACAGGUUGAUUUUACCUUUGCAUUGUGGAUAGUGCUGCAAUAAACAGGAGAAUUAAACCGCUCUUAUUUCUCAGAUUGUUUUUGACAUGAACACAAAGUUGGAAUGUGAUUUGUUUUUUCUGAUAUGUGCUGUUCCCAAAUAUUGAUUUAUAUUAAGCUCAAAUACAAAGGCCUUUGUCAUCUAUCUGUGGGUAUAUUUAGAGACUAGUGUUCCUCAAGAAUAUGAGCGAUAGAAAGUAAAUUUACGUUUGUCAAAUGUUCGAUCCGCUGCAAAACUCAACCUGUCAUCUUUCCUAAGUAGGAAGGCCAUUUAUUUAUUUAUUUAUUUCUAUUGUAUUGUAUUGUAUUUUUAGAUGGAGUCUCACUCUGUCACCCAGGUUCAAGUGAUUCGCCUGCCUCAGCCUCCCAAGCAGCUGAGACUACAGGCAUGCGCCACCAUACCCAGCUAAUUUUUAUAUUUUUAGUAGAGACAGGGUUUUACCAUGUUGACCAGGCUGGUCUUAAACUCCUAAUUUCAAGUGAUCUGCCCACCUCAGCCUCCCAAGGUGCUGGGAUUACAGGCAUGAGCCACUGGGCCUGACCAGGAAAGCCAUUUGUAAAAACUACGUCCUUAAAACAUUUUGUCUUUUAAAAUAAUGUGUAUUUUUUAAAAUCAAGCAAUACCUGGGGACAUACAGAAAAACAUCUCCUGUCACUAUCCCUUAUUUUCGCUCCGCAAAAGCAGCUAUCAUUAAUAGUGUCUUGUGUAUUUGUAAAAGUUUGUGGGGUUUUUUUAAGCCAGUGUCUCAUUCCAUUGCCCAGGCCGGAGUGCAGUGUUGCAAUCUCGGCUCACUGCAACCUCCACCUCCCGGUUUCAAGAGAGUCUCAUCCUCAGCCUCCCAAGUAGCUGGGAUUCAGGCGCACACCACCAUGCCUGGUUAAUUUUUGUAUUUUUGGUAGAGAUGGGGUUUCAUCAUGUUGGCCGGGCUGGUCUUGAACUCCUGACCUCUAGUGAUCCGCCCACUUCAGCCUCCCAAAGUGCUGGGAUUACAGGCGUGAGCCACCGUGCCCAGCCAAAAGUUUUGAUUUAAAAUUUGCCAUCAUGGCUGUUUCUGUGUUAGCUGCCAAAAAUAACAAUUACUGUAGCUACCAGUGCCAGAUGCUGCUGUGAGUUUCCAAAACACCUUGGCAUCAUCCACCAACUUUCCAAUGUUAGUGAUGCUGACCCCACAUUAUAGAUGAGGCUCCAGAGGGGCAGAGUCAUCAGACGUUAGUAGGUAAUGCUCCAGAGCAUUUCUUUGCAAUGCCUCCCUCUAACCACCCUACCUACCUCAUUCCUACAUACCAAGCAGCAGUGAUCCUUCUUGUCACUACCUUGUGAAUGACAUCUCUCUGCUCUCUUUUUCUUUUUCUUUUUAAGAUGGAGCCUCGCUCUUGUUGCCCAGGCUGGAGUACAGUGGCACAAUCUCGGCUCACUGCAACCUCCACCUUCUGGUUUCAAGCGACUCUCCUGCCUCAGCCUCCUGAGUAGCUGGGACUACAGGCACACGCCACCACACCUGACUAAUUUUGUAUUUUUAGUAGAGACGGGGUUUCUCCAUGUUGGUCAGCUGGUCUCGAACUCCCAAACCUCAGGUGAUCUGCCCACCUUGGCCUCCCAAUGUGCUGGGAUUACAGAUGUGAGCCACCAGGCCCGGCCUCUGCUCUCUUUUUCUUCUCCACUACUUACAUCAGUACAUGUGCCCCACCUGAGAAGGAUGUACAGUCCAAGGCUCCUGCAAGGGUCACUGCCUGUCACCUUGGAGAUACAUUCCCAUCUGCCAUAAUGCAUUGCCAUCUCAUUAAGGCUGUAUGGUUGACUGGCAUGGUGGUUCUUGCCUGUAAUCCCAGCCCUUUGGGAGGCCAAGGCAAGAGGAUCACUUGAGCCCUGGAGUUUGACACCAGCCUGGGCAACAGAGUGAGACCCCCAUCUCUACAAAAAUUAAAAAUGAGCCCAGCAGGAUGGCGUACACUGGCAAUCCCAGCUACUCAGGAGGUUGAGGUGGGAGGAUCACUUUAGGCCAGGACUUGGAAGCUGUAGUGAGUUAUAAUUGCAGCAUUGCACCCUAGCUUGGGCAACACAAUGAGACCCUGUCUCUUAACAACAACAACAACAAAAGGAACAACACAGGUUUGAACUAUGAGUCCGGUUCUGUGUGGAUUUUCUUCUUCUUCUGCCACCCUAAGACAGCAGGGCCAACACUUUCUCCUCCUCUUCCUCAGCCUACACAAUGUGAAGAUGGCAAGAAUGAAGACGUUGAUAAGGAUCCACUCCCACUUAAUGUUCUCAGUAACAUUUUCUUUUCCCGAGCUUCACUAUUGUGAGAAUACAGUAGAUAAGACAUGUAACAUGCCAAAUACGUGCAGUCGGUGCCCCGAGCCCUGCACUGUUGGACGGUCAGUGCCCUAAGGAUGGACAGAUGAUCUGCUCUUCUUUAAAAGCACCCAAGAUAUAAGAAUUGGAUAAGCAAAGACACUGACCUUUUUCUUCCUCCUCUAGCAAUAAAACUUGCUUUUUUUUUUUUGAGAUGGACUUUUGCUCUUGUUGCCCAGGCUGGAGUACAAUGGCACAAUCUUGGCUCACGGCCACCUCUGCCUCCCACGUUCAAGUGAUUCUCCUGCCUCAGCCUCCCAAGUAGCUGGUAUUACAGGCACCUGCCACCAUGCCCAGCUAAUUUUUGUAUUUUUUGUACAGGCAUCAUCUCGGCUCACUGCAACCUCCCUGUUCAAGCAAUUCUCCUGUCUCAGCCUCCCAAGUACCUGCGGCUAAGGCACCACCACGCCCAGCUAAUUUUUGUAUUUUUAGUAGACAUGGGUUUCCUCAUGUUAGCCAGGAUGGUCUCGAUCUCUUGACCUUGUGAUCCGCCCACCUUGGCCUCCCAAAAUGCUGGGAUUACAGGCGUGAGCCACUGCACCCGGCCACAUUUUUAACUUAGUUUUCUGCCAUUCUCCAGAAAAUACUUGGGUUACAAACUGAAGAGAGCUUUUUAUAAUGCAAUUUGUGAACUGUGUGGAAUCUCUCCUUUCUGGAUGUGAGCCUGGAAGAACUAACUGCCUUCCUGGGCUUCUUUGGUAUUCCUCCAGCAUUCUAAAUUGAGGAUAAACAGGAGUUUACUCAGUUAGUGCAAUCGUCAUUUCAGCAGCUCAUCUUACUGCAAAAAGAAACCGUUUCUGUCAUAGAGCGGGUCUAUUCCCUGACUCCGUCUGUAGAUUACCUCCCACUCUUGUGCGUUUGUUUAAUAAUAUAUUGCCAAAAAAUUUACCACUCCUUUUCUUUUUUGAGACUGGGUCUCACACUGUCACCCAGGCUGGAGGGCAGUGGCGCGAUCUCAGCUCUCCAGCUUACUGCAACUUCCCCCUCCCAGGUUCAAGCUCUUCUCCUGCCUCAGCCUCCCAAAUAUCUGGGAUUACAAGCAUGCACCACCGUGCCCAGCUAAUUUCUGGUUUGUGUGUGUGUGUUUUUCUUGUAGAGAUGGGGUUUCACCAUGUGGGUCAGGCUGGUCUCGACCUCCUGCCCUCAAAAAUGAUCCACCCACCUCAGUCUCUCAAAGUGCUGGGAUUACAGGCAUGAGCCACCGCCCCCAGCCAGCACUCCUCUUAAAAAGAAUUGAUAUUGUAUUAGGAGACAGUACAGUAAUGUAUUAUUGGUAUUUUCAUCGCAAAAUAAAAUAUUCACUCAUUUUCAUUAUAAGCAUUAAAUUUAUUAUCCAGAAAUGUUGGAAAAUACAAAAUAAUACAGGAAAGUAGAAUUAUCUGUAUAAUCUGGUCCCAAAUCUACAGGCCACCACAGUUAACAUUUUACUCUAUUCAUCUUUUGCUCUGCCUUAUUCUGUUUUUACAUCAUUGUAUGGCGUGUGUUAAUAUAUGUACAAAGCAAACAUUUUCUCUUCUUUGAAAAUGAAUAUGAUAUUCCUCAUAUUAUUUUAUAUGACUUAAAAACAUGUUACUUGACCAUUAGUAUCUUAGUAGGCAUUUGGUUUUCUUCUAAUUUUUUUUAAGAGAUGGGUCUUGCUAUGUUGCCCAGGCUGGAGUGGAGUGGCUAUUCACUGGUGCAGUCAUAACUCACUGCAGCCUCGAACUCCUGGGCUCAAGCGAUUCUCUCACCUCAGCCUUCUCCAUAGCCAGGACUGCGUGCACCACCUCACCCUGGGUUUUUGUAAUUAAAAAUAAUGCUGCAUUUAUCACCUUCAUGCUUCAAGCUCUUUCCGUAGAUAGGAUUAUUUUCUUCAGAUAGAUUCCCAGAAAUUGAAUUACUGGGUUAAAGGUUAUGAACAUUUUUAAGGCUUUUGCUAAACGUUGCCAAAUUGUCUUCCACAAAGACCGCACCAGUUUACGCUCAUCUGCAAUGGUGACAGGCCCAGUUUAUGUCCCCUUUUCCAAACUGCUUAUUAUUUUGCUAAGUACUGUACUAAUUUAGAUAAGCUGAUUAUUGUUAUAGCACUAAUAACCCUUAAUGGUAUUAGUAAGGAAUUUCUGAAAAUCCAUAUGAGAUCAUAUUUUUUGCAUGGUUUAGGUGAUAUGUAGUAUAUUAAAGUACACCAAAAAUGUCAAGGAUCAUGAGUGUUCUAAUGCCCAGGUGUUAAUAUACAAAUAUAAAAUCUACCAGCCCCUUAAUCAGACAACGCAAAUGCUAAGCAUAAAAUCAUAUGAAGUUUCCCCAUUUUCAUACAUAACCAUUGUAACCAGCAAAAAGGGGAAUUAUUUAAAAUCUGGACUUUUUGUGCCCCAAAUAUUGGGAAUGUAUCCCAUAGGCCUUGCUUUGCUUAAGCAAUAUUCAAUAUCAUUUGUGUAUAAAUCACGGGACUUGGCAAGUGCUGUAAUUCUAAUUGGACAGUGACGUUCACGACGGCCAAAGCUGCCAGCACAAUUGGUUUUUGGUGAUGACUCUGCUUGAAAAUUGCCCGGCAGGGAACCAUUUCCAAUUGAUUAUCUUUCAUUGCUAAUAGCCUCAAAGACUGUUUCUAUUCCUAUAUUUAAAUGUAAAUCUUGAUAGCCAGACAAAGCAGUGAUCAAGGAAAGCCAGUGAGGUGGGCGCCACAAUAAAAUAAAUGGACAGCUCUGCCGGAUUUUCAGUAACUCUGAGGGCAUCCUGAAAAGUGGAAAUGUGCAGCAGUUGACAAAGCUCCUUAUGUCAGAAAAUGAAUGGGAGCUGCCUUGGGGAACGGGGAGGGAGCUGGAGGAAAUCCUCCCCCAGAGAUCCCUUAAAACUUGCCAUAUUUAAAACGAAGGGAGGAGAAAUGCACAGCCAGUAUCUGUUCAAGGCUACUCAUCGUGCCCUCAUUUAUCUAGCCUCAUUUACGUAUUUGGGAAAAGAUUCGGUAUUGCUGCAAAGUAGUUUAAGAAUAGCUGAAAAUGUGUGAUACGAAUAAUCCAAUAAGGGCAUAAGAGGGUAUAAAGGUUGUAUGUGGCUUGUCAAUUUCAGUUUUUCAGAUAGCAAAUCCUGGCACUCAACAUUACUGUUUUUAUAUCUGUAGAAUGGGAUUCUUUACAAUCUAACUAAAAAACUGACACUAAGAAAAUAAAACCUUCACUACUGUGAUCUUA